UAUUUUUAGAAUAUUGUCGUUUUGUUGCUGACGAGACGCUGGUGAGAGGCAGGGAGAAGGAAAGAAGCCUCUCAAACUAGAGCUGUAAACGGCAGCUUUUAUCACUAAACUUAGCACAAUGUCGAAGAAUACAGUGUCUAAUCGAUUCAGGACAGUAGACGUUGACGAAUACGACGAGAACAAAUUUGUUGACGAGGAGGAUGGAGGUGAAAAUCAGCUGGGUCCUGACGAGGCAGAAGUGGACUCGCUAAUCAGACAAGGGAACCUGAUGGAGGCCUUGCAGGCAGUCCUGAAGAACCCACCAAUCAACACCAAGAACCAGAACGUCAAGGACUGUGCCGAGGGCCUUGUGUUGAAGGUGCUGAGUGCCUUUAAGAGCAGUGACGUAGACAAGGGAGUCCAGUCUCUGGAUAAGAACGGAGUGGACCUGCUCAUGAAGUACAUCUACAAAGGCUUUGAGACGCCAUCGGAUAACAGCAGUGCCGUCCUGCUGCAGUGGCAUGAAAAGGCUCUAUCUGCAGGUGGCCUGGGAUGCAUCGUUAGAGUACUAACAGCCAGGAAGACUGUCUAACUAACAGAGGAGGAGAGGAGCCAUGUUCUUCACAGCGACCGUCUGGUGCACUUUACAACACAAGGAUGAUAUCCAGUAGAUCACAGCGUGUCACAGAGAAAGAUCCCUCCUAUCUGUCUCUGCUUGUUUUCAGAUCUCACUUCCCUAUGUCUCCCUACACAGACACACACACACACACUGAUACAGCUGUUUCACACAUUCACCCAAACACAUAACACAUGCCAAAUUGGCAUCGUUUUUAGUAUUUUUAUUCCAUUCCUUUCCUUCCCUAGACCCUCAAACACACACCAGCACAAUGCUACAGAACUCUUCUUAGGUAUGGCUUUGUUUUUCUCAGGAAAAAUCUAUUUUAUAACAGUUAUUUGUCUACCCUGCUACUCUUUUUUUAUUAAAGCUCUGAUAGGCUGGUGUCUUUGUUAAAAAGCUGAUCAGAAAAUUCCUGAUGGAACAAAAGCUUAUAAUUCUACAGAAAAUCCCUAAUUUGCCCUUCUGUGACCCGUGGGCGCAGAGGGAGGGAGGCUCCUGAAAAGCACAGCCACAGAUGGAGCGGGGUGGAUUUGCGGGUGGGGGAAGUUUUUGCCAGCAGGGGUGGUCCAGCCAUCAUCCUAUCCUGCCUGCCCUAGUUAGGGAUUAAUACCCACAAUGCAUUACGGCCCCCUUUUACUACUAGCACCACUGUUAUUAAUCCUAGACUGUGUUCCUGUAAAAACACUACCUUACCACUUAGCUAAUGUAAAGGGCAUGCAGUCUAAGUGGUGUCCUAGUAUGGGUUUAGUGAGCUCUAUGCCUUUUCCACAGUUUCUCUUACUCACUGAAUCAUGUACAGGGCAUUAUCAUGUCAGACUUUGUUGUAAUAUUGUUUAGUAAGGGAUGCAUUUGUAGUGCUUCCAGGACAUAAGAAUAGUUUCACUAAGUUGCAAACUUUCAAUAAAUUCCCUGGUUUUCCAGAAAUCGUGUUUGUAGGAUUCCAGAUUUAUUCCAUCUUGAUUCCAGGAAUCCUCCAACCGGUAAAACUAGGGAAUUUAUUUAAAGGUUCCGGAAUUUUCCAACCCUACACCUAUGAUUAUUAGUAUUUUGACAAGCAGAAUUUGCCUUGGAUGUAUUCUUUGUUCUGUCGGGCCACAUUCCCUCACCAGUAUAUUUUGUAUGCCAUCACUGCUAGUCAAUCAUGGUGUAUCUUUCUUGACAUAUUUUUUUAUUCAACUAGGCGAGUCAGUUAAACAAAUUCUUAUUUACAAUGACAGCCUAGGAACAGUGGGUUAACUGCCUUGUUCAGGGGCAGAACGACAGAUUUUUACCAGCCCAACGCUCUAACCACUAGGCCACCUGCCACCCCCACAUUUAACCUGUGUUUGUUAAAGUGUCAUGGUUUUUCUAUUGUGAUUUGUAAAUGGAACUUUGGGUCUCUUCCUGAUAAUUGAUCAGUAUUUUAAAAAGCCAUCAGUUUACAAAACAGUAAGAACACCUUCCUAAUAUUGAGUUGAACCUGCAGAACAGCCUCAAUUCGUCAGGUCAUGGACUCUACAAGGUGUUGAAAGCAUUCCACAGGGAUGCUGGCCCAUGUUGUCUUCAAUGCUUCCCACUGUUAAGUUGGCUGGAUGUCCUUUGGGUGGUGGACCAUUCUUAAUGAACACGGGAAACUGUUGCGCAUGAAAAACGCAGCAGCGUUGCAGUUCCUGAUACAAACCUGUACGCUUGGCACCUACUACCAUACCCCGUUCAAAUGCAUUUCAUAUUUUGUUUUGCUCAUUCACCCUCUGAAUGGCACACAUACACAGUCCGUGUCUCUUGUCUCAAGGCUUAAAAAUCAUUUUAACCUGGCUCCUCCCCUUCACUGAUGAGUGAAGUUGAUUUAACAUGUGACUACUUUAAAGGAUCAUAGCUUUCACCUGGUCAGUCUGUCAUGGAAAGAGCAGGUGUUCAUAAUGUUUUGUACCCUCAGUGCGCUUACAUUUAUUUUGUAUAAGACCCAAGUAUUUGGAAUAUGAACCCAGGAAAUGUGUUUGGUUGAAAUACAACCAUGCAUUAGGUAGGACAGUAUUUUGUGGUGCACAACCAUGCAUUAGGUAGGACAGUAUUUUGUGGUGCACAACCAUGCAUUAGGUAGGACAGUAUUUUGUGGUGCACAACCAUGCAUUAGGUAGGACAGUAUUUUGUGGUGCACAACCAUGCAUUAGGUAGGACAGUAUUUUGUGGUGCACAACCAUGCAUUAGGUAGGACAGUAUUUUGUGGUGCACAACCAUGCAUUAGGUAGGACAGUAUUUUGUGGUGCACAACCAUGCAUUAGGUAGGACAGUAUUUUGUGGUGCACAACCAUGCAUUAGGUAGGACAGUAUUUUGUGGUGCACAACCAUGCAUUAGGUAGGACAGUAUUUUGUGGUGCACAACCAUGCAUUAGGUAGGACAGUAUUUUGUGGUGCACAACCAUGCAUUAGGUAGGACAGUAUUUUGUGGUGCACAACCAUGCAUUAGGUAGGACAGUAUUUUGUGGUGCACAACCAUGCAUUAGGUAGGACAGUAUUUUGUGGUGCACAACCAUGCAUUAGGUAGGACAGUAUUUUGUGGUGCACAACCAUGCAUUAGGUAGGACAGUAUUUUGUGGUGCACAACCAUGCAUUAGGUAGGACAGUAUUUUGUGGUGCACAACCAUGCAUUAGGUAGGACAGUAUUUUGUGGUGCACAACCAUGCAUUAGGUAGGACAGUAUUUUGUGGUGCACAACCAAACACUUCCCCUGGCUUUUGUGUCAUGCAUUGUGAGCAGCCCCUGAUCUCUGUCUGUCUGCCUUUACUGCUGUCUGCUUUAUCUGCCUUUACUGCUGUCUGCUUUAUCUGCCUUUACUGCUGUCUGCUUUACUGCUGUCUGCUUUGCUACUGUCUGCUUUAUCUGCCUUUACUGCUGUCUGCUUUAUCUGCCUUUACUGCUGUCUGCUUUAUCUGCCUUUACUGCUGUCUGCUUUACUGCUGUCUGCUUUGCUACUGUCUGCUUUAUCUGCCUUUACUGCUGUCUGCUUUACUGCUGUCUGCUUUAUCUGCCUUUACUGCUGUCUGCUUUACUGCUGUCUGCUUUAUCUGCCUUUACUGCUGUCUGCUUUACUGCUGUCUGCUUUAUCUGCCUUUACUGCUGUCUGCUUUACUGCUGUCUGCUUUACUGCUGUCUGCUUUAUCUGCCUUUACUGCUGUCUGCUUUACUGCUGUCUGCUUUACUGCUGUCUGCUUUAUCUGCCUUUACUGCUGUCUGCUUUACUGCUGUCUGCUUUACUGCUGUCUGCUUUAUCUGCCUUUACUGCUGUCUGCUUUACUGCUGUCUGCUUUACUGCUGUCUGCUUUAUCUGCCUUUACUGCUGUCUGCUUUACUGCUGUCUGCUUUAUCUGCCUUUACUGCUGUCUGCUUUACUGCUGUCUGCUUUAUCUGCCUUUACUGCUGUCUGCUUUACUGCUGUCUGCUUUAUCUGCCUUUACUGCUGUCUGCUUUAUCUGCCUUUACUGCUGUCUGCUUUAUCUGCCUUUACUGCUGUCUGCUUUAUCUGCCUUUACUGCUGUCUGCUUUAUCUGCCUUUACUGCUGUCUGCUUUAUCUGCCUUUACUGCUGUCUGCUUUAUCUGCCUUUACUGCUGUCUGCUUUAUCUGCCUUUACUGCUGUCUGCUUUAUCUGCCUUUACUGCUGUCUGCUUUACUGCUGUCUGCUUUAUCUGCCUUUACUGCUGUCUGCUUUACUGCUGUCUGCUUUACUGCUGUCUGCUUUAUCUGCCUUUACUGCUGUCUGCUUUACUGCUGUCUGCUUUACUGCUGUCUGCUUUAUCUGCCUUUACUGCUGUCUGCUUUACUGCUGUCUGCUUUAUCUGCCUUUACUGCUGUCUGCUUUACUGCUGUCUGCUUUACUGCUGUCUGCUUUAUCUGCCUUUACUGCUGUCUGCUUUACUGCUGUCUGCUUUAUCUGCCUUUACUGCUGUCUGCUUUACUGCUGUCUGCUUUAUCUGCCUUUACUGCUGUCUGCUUUACUGCUGUCUGCUUUAUCUGCCUUUACUGCUGUCUGCUUUACUGCUGUCUGCUUUAUCUGCCUUUACUGCUGUCUGCUUUACUGCUGUCUGCUUUAUCUGCCUUUACUGCUGUCUGCUUUACUGCUGUCUGCUUUACUGCUGUCUGCUUUAUCUGCCUUUACUGCUGUCUGCUUUACUGCUGUCUGCUUUACAACUGUCUGCUUUACUGCUGUCUGCUUUAUCUGCCUUUACUGGUAGAUCACAUCUGUUGCCAAAGUAGCUGAUUGCUUUCCUGAAAGUGGUCUGUUUUGAACUGAAACAGCUACUGACAUCCAUGUUCUGAGCAGCCCUUGGCAGGUGUUUAGAUUGUUCAGUUGAUAUGGGUUAUCAGGAUUUGCAGAUAAUGGUAAUGGUGGAAUAUGUACUAUAUGUUUUUCAUGAUGGAUGACAAAAAUUAACCCUGUUUUUAAUAUAUUGAGAUGAAAUUAUGGCUUUUGCUCAUUCUCGCUCUAAAAGACUUUCAAGUUUAAUGGACUAAAACAGUGUAAUUGAUGAGAAGUUAAAAUUGUCCGUACGUUUAAAAAAAAAAAUGUAUGUUCUAAUUAUUUGUCUAUUAUUUACGUUGAAAUCCGUGUCUUCUGUUCAUUCCUCCCAAGCCCUUAUUGUUUGAGGAUCACUAUCUGGUUUAUCUCUAUAUGUGAGUCACAAAUGGCAGCCAGUCCUUGUAACCCUGCACUGCUUUUAAUCAUAGACCUAUGGGCCCAGGUCAAAGUAGUGCACUAUAUAGGGAAUAGGGUGCCAUUUGAUGCAACCUGUCUCUGUAAAGUACGAGAGGGUCAAACAAUUCAUUAUUGAGCCACAAAGCCCCUUAACAUUGGAGAGAACAGGAUUCUAUUUAAGAUAUCUGGCCAAUAAAUAAUGUUUGCUUCCAUCUGAGGGGAACUCGCUAUUCUGCAUUCAAGGUCCCCAUAAUAAAUCAUUUAUGGGGAAACCUCAUUUUGAUUAAUGAUGACAAUGUUUUUUAAUAUAAUGUGUGUAUUUUUUUCUUGUUUUAAUAAUCUCAUCAGUGGUGAUACAUUAGUAGCUGUUUUUAUAAUUAUGCAGUUGAAAUGUUAAAAUGCUCAAUUGCAAAAAUGAAAGGAACAUAUCCAACUGGUAUACAAACUGCCUUACUCCAUGUUUGUGAUUAAAUCAUAUGAAAACA